ACUGCAGUAUCUGUCAUACAAAGAGAGGCCAUGAGUGCUGGGACUGUUCAGCCUGGAGGAGACUCCAGGGGAUUUUGUGAGUGUGUGAAAAUAGCUGGUGGAGGGAAUAAAGGAGACAGAGCGGGCUCUUCCCAGUGGUGCCCCAUGGUGAGACUAGGGGCAUUAGCCACACACUGUAGUACAAAAGGUUACAUUUACAUGUAGGAAAACACUUUUUUUUUCCUGAAGGUGGUCGUUUGCUGGCACAGGUAGCUCACAGAGGUUGUGUGAUCUCCAUCCUUGGAGAUACUGAAGCCUCAUCUGGAUGUGGCGCUGAUCAGUCUGCUCUGGUUGACCCUGCUGGAGCUGGUGGCCUGUGCCCUCCAGCUUCAGCUCUUUCAUGCAUUUGGAUCACCUUGUCUGAACAGAAUGAGGCACGUACACAUUAUAAACUAGGUACCCUUUGUCAUUAUAGUGAGUGUUGACUGUUAUAUGCACCAUCAUAGCCUUAAGAAAAAUAUCUGUGUUGCAGACCUAAGGUAGUGUUGACCUAGUGACUGCUACCUUCUCCUGCCCCUCACACUCCUGCCAGUGCCAGCCCCUGGAUCCAGGAAAGCAAGGCAGGGAAUGCAUUAUGCUCCUUCAGCACAAGGUGCUGACUGCUCAGAAGCCUCAGCAGUGAUCAGAAUGUGCCAUGCACUUGAAACUGAGUUAGAGAAGAUGGGAUUGUCUUGUAACCACUAGCUUCAUGCCUGCCUGCCAAUUUAGAGCCUGUCUGUGAAAGGCUCCUUUCACAGCAGCCUGCCUGUGAAACUGCUCUGCACCCCUGAAAGUUGUAAGGGAGGUGGAAUAUAGGUUGAACAGGAGGUUCCAGUAUGGUGUAGUUUCUGUGACUGACCUUUCCUUUUUUAAAAUUAAAAAAAAAAAAAACCAAACCCAAACAACCAAAACUGUCUAUUUAACAAAAUACUGAUAUAGUUUUUAAAACCACAGGCCAGUCAGCCUCACCUGAAUCCCUGGAAAGGUGAUGGGACAGCUUAUCAUGCAGUCUGUCUCUAAGCACAUGGAAGUCAGUCACCAUGGAUUCACCAAGGAGAACUCAUGCUUAACCAAUCUUGCUACCUUCUGUGAUGGGACAAUUGGCUGAAUAGACAUGGGAAAGCAGUGGAUUUUGUCUACAUGGGCUUUAGCUAAUGUCUCCCAUAGUACCCUCAUAGGCAAGUUCAGAAAGUGUGAGCUGGAUGAAUGGAUGCUGAAGUCAAUUUAGCACUGGCUGAAUGGCAGAGCUUGAAGGAUUGUGGUCAGCAUCACUGGGUCUAGUUUCAGACCUGUUGCUGGCUGUGUCCCCCAGGGUUCAGUGCUGGGCCCAGUAUUGUUUAACUUACCCAUCAGUGACUUGGAUGAAAGGGGCAGAUGCCUCCCUCAGCAAGUUCACUGGUGGCACAAAGCUGGGAGGAGCAGCUGUUACCCCAGAGGGCUGUGCAGCCCUUCAGAAGGACCUCAGCAGGCUGGAGACAUGGGCAGAGCAGAACCAUCUGAAACCCAAAGGCAAAUGCAGGUCCUGCACCUGGGGAGGAACAACCCCAGGGACCAGUACAGGAUGGGGGUGACCUGCUGGAAGCAGCUCUGCAGGAAAGGAUGUGGGAAUCCUGGAGGACAACAAAAUGUCCAUGAGCCAGCAGUGGCUGGGCUAACAAGGAACUCUUCUGCAGAAUUUCCAUUUUCAAGGAUGUCAGCUGGUGCAGAAGCAGAUGGAGUUGUUGGUUGGAUGCCAGGCCCUGAGAAGGAAGUAAAAAAGGUCUUCAACUCUCAUGGCCUUCAGCAGAGACUCUGCAAGAUGAUGCUGGGAAAUCUGUCUCAUAGCUCCUCGAGUGCUGCUGAAAAUGGCUCCGACCUUGAUGAAGAGCCUCUGCUCAGAAAAAAUCACCGCCGGUUUGUCAUCUUCCCCAUCCAGUACCCAGACAUAUGGAAGAUGUAUAAGCAGGCUCAGGCCUCCUUUUGGACAGCAGAAGAGGUUGAUUUGUCAAAGGACCUUCCUCACUGGAACAAGCUGAAAGCAGAUGAAAAAUACUUUAUCUCUCACGUUCUGGCAUUUUUUGCAGCCAGUGAUGGAAUUGUAAAUGAAAACCUGGUGGCACGUUUCAGUCAGGAGGUGCAGAUCCCAGAAGCUCGUUGUUUCUAUGGCUUUCAGAUUCUCAUUGAGAAUGUUCACUCAGAGAUGUACAGCUUGCUCAUAGACACCUACAUCAAAGAUCCGAAGAAAAGGGAUUUCUUAUUUAAUGCUAUUGAAACAAUGCCUUGUGUUAAGAAGAAAGCAGACUGGGCUCUGAAGUGGAUUGAAGACCGAGAAUCUACUUUUGGUGAGAGAGUGGUUGCCUUUGCUGCAGUAGAAGGCAUCUUCUUUUCGGGUUCCUUUGCUGCUAUAUUUUGGCUGAAGAAGAGGGGCCUGAUGCCUGGACUGACUUUCUCCAAUGAACUUAUUAGCAGAGAUGAGGGUCUACACUGUGAUUUUGCUUGUCUAAUGUUCCAUUAUUUGGUGAACAGACCGUCAGAAGAGCGAGUCCGUGAGAUCAUCGUUAAUGCUGUAGAAAUUGAGCAGGAGUUUCUAACUGAGGCAUUACCUGUGGGUCUGAUUGGAAUGAAUUGCACAUUGAUGAAACAAUACAUUGAAUUUGUUGCAGACCGGUUACUAAUGGAACUUGGGUUCUCAAAGGUCUUUAAUGCAGAAAAUCCUUUUGAUUUCAUGGAGAAUAUUUCUCUGGAAGGAAAAACAAAUUUCUUUGAGAAGCGGGUUUCAGAAUAUCAACGUUUUGCUGUUAUGGCAGAAACAAUGGACAAUGUCUUCACUCUGGAUGCAGAUUUUUGACAAAUUGGCAAAUGAAUGGUGACUGUUUCCCUCUCUUCAUCUCCCCUUAUGCUCGGAAGUUGACUUAAUUUCCUCUCAGGGAAAUCAGAGUCUGCUAGGAUAUUUUUCCUGAAUUUUCACGUUGUUUGUCAGAGGAGUAAAUUUAUUUCUCUCUGUGGCAUUUGAAGAAAAAAGGGGAAUCAUUUGUAAAAAUUUAUAUGGCUUUGUAAAAGGAUGUCCUUUUUAAGAUUUCCUUGACUCAUCUGCUGUCAAUGCUGUCUUUAAAGAUGACAUGGAUGCUACUAAUACUUUUUUAAGAUUUUGGUAGUGUUUUAAGAAAGCAAACUGCAGAUUUACCUCAUUUUAAGGUACUUUAAUCUGAAAAUCAGAUAAAGUAUCACUCCAUGUAAGAACGUUGCUAUAAAUUAUUUUCCUGUCUUCUGUUUCCAUGUUUAUAGAUUUGGUCUACAGUAAAAGCUCUUCUGUUUCAUCCUGUUGCAGAUACAGUAGUAAUUGAAUGUGGGAAGAUCUUAAUGAGGUCUGAACUAUAGAAUAUUAUUAAACCCAGGAAUUAAGUGUCAUCUCCCCAGUCUCCCUGGGUUCUGUCUGAAAAAAAAAGUUACUCUGGUUGGAAAACUGAUGGAUCUUGGUAGGCGUUUAAUUAAAAUACGUAUGAUUCUUGUCUUACAGCUGUUACUGAGCAGGUCAGUGGACUUUGAAUGGUCCUUGAAAAGGCACACCUGUUAACAGUGGAGGAAAACCACAUCCUGUAGUUCUUUGGCUUGUGCUGCCUGUUUUCCCUUGCUUCACUGAUCAAGUGCCUUAUUAAGCGGUCUGUACUCGUAUGUGUUAUCAUCUGACACAGAAACAGCCAGCUCUGGGUCUUGUACAUCUCCCCCUGUUGUGCUGGGUGGUUUGAUAUUCUCCUCUUCUUGGUUGCACUUGUGCAUGAAAGGGAUGAGAAGACAUUCCAAGGGGUUAUUCCUUGAGGUGCUACAAACAGACUACUGGGGCUGUAAAGAAGCACCCAAUAACCUAUGAAGGUACAUCAAGUUGUGUGUUUGAUGUGAACCAUUGGAACCAUUGUCACAGAAGAACUUCUGAAAGAAGGUAUUUAACAUUUCAAAAACAAACCCAGAAGUAGUAUGGAGUAGCAGCAUCUUACAAAGAUAGUUUUUGAUUGUGUGCCUGAAAACGAUAAUUUUUUGAUACCACACACAGAGAAUGGAGUGACUGAAGAGUGGCUAACGUGCUGUAGUGGUACUUGGGGUGGAAGGGAUGUUAUUGAGCUUUACUGGUUUAUCUGCAAAUAGAUAGGCUCUUUUUUUUCUUCAAGAUGAAGUGAGUGUACCAGAGCUAGACAAAGGGUUCUGCUUUAUAAAACCCAAGCAUCUUUUAUAAUGUUCAGCAUUUUGUGAAAGAGCUUUUGUAAGUCUUACUGUUGAAAACAUCUUGUGCUGCUUUUGAUAUACCUGCCAUGAGCCAAACUGACAGCCCAGGGUUAUCAGUGAUGGGGUGGUGUAAGUGGUAUUUCCCUGCCAGCCCAGAUCAGCCCAAAUAGUCCUGGUACUGGUGUUCCAUGAAACAUGUCCACUGCCUUAGUUCCUAGUGGACAACUGUCCCUGCUGUAAAAAUAAGCAGCAAAAUCAACUCUGUUCUUUAGUCUCUGUAGGUCAGGAGUAUGCACUGAGCAUGGAAGUGGAACAGCUUUAUUUUUUCCUAGAGAAGAACCUGCGUAAUUUGACAUAAGGUACUUGGAAAAGGGCCAGGGGAGCAUUGAGAAUACAGAGAAAAGCUGGAACUGAUUGCCAUCACAUCCUGGAGCUGAAAGAGAACUGUGGACUCAAAAGGAAAACCCAGCACCUUUAAGAAAUACUGAGUUGAUAGGAGUGAAAGAGAAAAUAAAUGCGUCUGUUGUUGGAGUAAUGGAACCUGUUAUGUCACUGAAACUACUGAAAAGCAUUUAUUUUGAGUCUUAUGAUUUAUGAUGAGAGUAUAGAGUAUUCUAGUAUGGAACUGCAAUGUGCUCAGGUUCUGUAAAUGUAUAUGAGAUACCAAAGUCUGGUACAACAGCUCCCACUCAAUUUGUGUGUAAAAUAUGUGUGUAGUUUCAAUAAAAUUUGAGUGUGGGGAAGCCCAUGCCUUCAUUUACAA